UUCUGUACCUCUUAACUGAACCGAAACCCACAAAGGCCGAAACUCCUCGCUUUCAGAGCUCAAAGAUAUUGUAAGGAAUUUGAAGAGGGUGUUUUUUAGGAGAGAUAUUGGAGAAAAUGAAGAAUUCAGUAUCGGAAGAGAGGUUUUACAUUGAGAGUAGUGAAGAUGAGGAUGAAGAGAAGGCGUUUGACAAAGGUGAAGAUGAUAGCAAUGAUUCAGACGAUUCGAUUUAUUCGAACGACAAUCGUGAAAAUCAGCAGCAGAGCAAACCCAAUUCCUAUAACACCUCUUGGCCUCAAAGUUACAGGCAGUCGAUUGAUCUGUAUAGCAGUGUACCAUCACCAAGCAUAAACUUUCUGGGCACUCCUACACUAUCAAGACUAGGCAGUUCAUUUCUGUCAUCAUCAUUUACAAGGAGACACACUCCUGAGAUACUAUCAAAUUUGGUGAAGCCUCUGUUACCAACAGCAGAAAAUGAACAACAACAGCCACAGCCACAGCAAAGGCGUAGCUCUCACUCUCUUCUCCCUCCUAUUCCUUCAAAGAGGCCUCUUGGUAAGAAAGUGGGUACUGAUCAGAAACUCUCCAAGGUCUCCCAUGGCCAUGAGCUUCCUGCUUCUCGCCAGAGUUCCUACGGCCAAGCUGUUUUAAACGGAAUGAAUGUUCUAUGUGGGGUAGGAAUUCUUUCUACUCCAUAUGCUGUCAAACAAGGAGGAUGGGUUGGCCUUUCUAUACUCUUCAUCUUUGCAGCGCUUUCUUACUACACAGGUAUACUCUUGCGUAUUUGCUUGGAUAGCCAGCCCGGGCUUGAGACUUACCCAGACAUAGGCCAGGCUGCAUUUGGCACUGUGGGACGCUUGGCCAUCUCUGUAAGUCUGGCCCAUUUUGAAAAUGCUUAG